AUGGCCCCCGCGCGGAGGAAGGCGGGCACGACCGCGCGCGCCAGGAAACUCGCGGCCUUCCUCAAGGACUUCGACCGCGAGGUGAGGAGCCGGCUCGAGCAGCUGCGGACGAACGGGGAGCGCCUCGUCAAGGAGGUGGAGGACCUGUACGACAUCGAGAUCCUGCGGCUGCCGCUGGCGCUCCGCGAGAUGAACUGGCUCGACUACCUCGCUAAAGGAGGAAGCAAAAAGGUCUUAGAAGAGGCAGCAACGGCAGACUUGGAAAUAAAAGAAAUAAACAAAUUAACAGCAGAAGUUAUCCAGACUCCUUUAAAAAUCAUCAAGAAAGCUGAAAAAUCUAAACAGGAUAUUGAAGCUAUUGAAGAAGAAGCAGCGUCUCCUUUACUUCCUCAAGCAAAGAAAACAAAACAUGAUAAACAAUCUCUUGCAGAACUAGAAGCUGAAAAUAUUAAUCCAAGAACUGGAAAGGUGAAGGCAUCCAUUAAAAAAGUACCAGUGUCCAAGAGCAGAAGAGCUCCUUCGGCAAGAGUGAAACGCAUGAGUAAAAGAUCGAGCAGAAACAAUUUUAUCACUCCAGCUACUGCUAGAAUUGUUGAUAUCUGUGCUCAGGGGGGUACUUCCAUUGUCACACCCAAGUUUGAUUCCAGAAUUUUCAAGACACCAGGUUUGCGCACACCUGCACUAAAUGAGCGUGUUUAUACCAUCUCUGCCAAUGGCAGCCCACUUGCUGGCAGCAAUGAUAUCUUCAUUACAGUUCCUGUUGGAGGAGGGGAGAGUAUUUGUUUAACAGCAAGUGAUUUGACCAAGAAGAAUCUUCUUCAUCUGAAUCCAGAGGCCCAAGGAAUUAUGAAAAAGCUAUCAGUUCGUCUCGCACAAGCAUGCAGUGGUGCAAAGACGCAUAGAUGAAACUUAAUGAAUAUUGACAUCCCUCUGUAAAUAUGGAACAUUGCAUUCAGGACUGCUAACUUUAGAGCAACAACUGAUUUGUUUCUUCUUUCCAUUAACUUACAGAAUAGAAGUUAGGAACUGAUUUUUCUACCUAUAAUAUGUAAUGGUAUUAGAAUAGCUUGCUUUUUUUUUUUUUUUUUUUUUUAAUCCAAGAGAAAAAUACUUUUUUCUUCUAAGGCUGAGACCAAGGUACAGUUAUCUUGGACUUGCAGACCAGCGAGCUGAGUAGAGAGGUUGUUCUGGCAUUUUGCAAAAGACAGAGUGGUAGAUACAAGUGACUGAAGUUUGUAUCUGUCUGGGAAGAGAAAGCAACAGAUCAGGUUUGUUGCGCUUCUUUCCAGACAUGUCCUUUCUCUGCUGAUGUGUUUAAAAUGUGAUGACUAUCUCAGUAUGGUAGCUGAGAUACCUAAAGGCAAGUUACUGAUGGCUGGCACUAGAUGUAAAGCUUCUUGUAGUUCAUGAUACUGCCAUAAAUAGUAAGGGAGAGAGGGGUGGGGUACAGUAAAUUCUGUUGUUCUUACUGAAGCUGUUCUCUGUAAAACCUCAAAGCAUACUACAGAUAAACUUGUGCAUUUUAUUGUUUUUAAGGAAAUAAAAGAUCACAGGUAGUUUAAUUUUACAGACCUGUCAACUAGACCUCUGAUUAACUGGAUUCCCGUGAGUCACCUUAGAGCUACUGGAAUGUCUCUAAUGUAAGGGAACUUUGCUUUUCCAACACCACUUUCAAAAUCAUUAGGAGAAGCAGUACUCAUGGAGUUGAGUAUGGGCAGAGAAGAAGAAAGCCAGGCAUAGUAGAACAAUAUUUAGCUCUAUCUGCUGAUCUGAAUUGAACUGGAUUCAAUACAUUUUCUUGACAAAGAACCCUAUCUAAUACAUACUGUUUAAACAGAAUAAGAUUCCUUCCUCAGGCAUUAAUAUUCUUUCCAUUGUUUACAGAAAACACAGAGGAAAUUGUGCUCUAUGUGUUCAGAGAUUAUUUAAAUUCAGGAAAACUCAACUUCUAUGUAACCUCUUCAGAAAGGGUUGAUGUGUUUAAAAACUAUACAUAGAAGCAUUCAUUUGGUUUAAACCUUGCAAAAUGAAGCAGGGGAGAAAUCUUGUAUUUGCUUUUCUAAAAAUCAGUCUUAUUUUUUUAAGAGCUUGGAAAAGCAGAGCUCUCUGAAGCUUAAGGUGUCUGUGAGAAUGUAGUUUAAAGUCUUGUAAUGUAGAAGAUUACUCUUAAUACCAAGGGUUUCAUUUUACUGUUAAUCUUUGUGGCUGGUAUAGUUAUGAGAGGAUACUUCCCUUCACUGUUAAACUAUGUAUGGAAUCCUUUAAGGUGUUGUUAACUUUGAUUCCUGAAGUGUUAUUUGAUAUGAAUCAUAGAAAAUCAGAUAUGCAAAAUGUCAUCUGCAAGAGACAACCUGACAUGCUUCCCUGAUUUCAGCAGGGGAAGUUAAGACAAGGACAUUUUAAAUGGCGUGUUAAGAGUA